AUGCUUGGUAGCAAUCAUUUUCUGCCCUUGUCCCUUGUAGGGAUAGUUGCAGCUUCAUGUGCUGUUGAUGCUUCGGUCAUCAAUUCGACUACCAGUACCGAUGACUUCGAACUUGCUUGUUCCUCGUUUGCCUCCAAGAUCAGCAUCGACAAUGCCACAGAUAGCUUCACCGAGUAUAUACCGGCCGGGGGCAACAUGUCUUACAACGGCGUUCCCGCAGUAUGCCAAAGCACCCAGACGGCCAGUGUCGACGUUUGCCGUGUCUAUUUGAACGUGUCUACAUCGGAUCGCAGCGGCAUUCGCUUCGAGGCUUGGUUCCCACGCGAUUACAAUGGGCGCUUCUUGAGCACAGGAAACAAUGGUCUCUCAGGAUGUUUGUUUCAAGGUGUCAAACAUGGCGAUGUCGACUUUGGUACCAAGUUUGGAUUCGCGACCGUUGGUGCCAACUCUGGUCACGAUGGCGACGGCGCCGAGGACUUUUACCACAACAGCGAUGUGCUGGCCGACUUUUCCUGGCGCUCAGUUCAUACUGGAGUGAUGGUAGGAAAGCAAUUGACCGAACUAUUCUACGAACAAGGUUACAACAAGUCCUACUAUAUGGGAUGCUCUACUGGCGGUCGUCAGGGAUACAAGGCAGCACAAGCGAACCCUGAGGAUUUCGAUGGCAUCCUGGCCGGGUCUGCUGCCAUGAACAACAUUAACCUAAUUUCGUGGGGUCUACACAUGUACUAUCUGACGGGCAACUCGAGCGCAGACAGCUUUCUCACCGAGGCACAAUGGACUGCAGUUCACGAGGAGAUUAUGAAGCAGUGUGAUGGACUCGACGGCGCAAAUGAUGGCACCAUUGACGAUGUGGAUCUCUGCCACCCCAUCAUACAACCCCUGAUUUGCAACACGACCUCGUCGACAAACUCAACCUGCCUCACCGGCAAGCAAGCGGCGACAGUCGAGGCGGUUCUAUCUGACUUUUACGGCCCCGAUGGAAAACUUUACUACCCACGUCUCAACCCAGGUGCCGAAGCUGAUGCCUUCGGUAUUUACCUCAGCGGCAGUCCCUUUUCCACAGCCGAGUCGUACUACAAAUACGUCGUGAAAGAGGACCCGGACUGGGGCCCAACCACCUGGACCCCCGAGGACGCAGAGACAGCCCUGAGCCAGAACCCUUCGAACCUCAACACCUUUGAUGCCGACCUGUCUGCCUACCGCGCCCGGGGCGGCAAGCUCUUUACCUACCACGGCACCGCAGACUCCAUCAUCAGCUCGGACAACUCCAAGCUGUACUACCGCAAUGUAGCCAACAAUAUGAGCGCGUCGCCCUCGGACCUGGACGACUUUUAUCGCUUCUUCUCCAUCGGCAGCAUGGGUCAUUGUGGCGGCGGCGAUGCGGCCAUUUACAUUGGCCAGUCCGGGGACACCUACCUGGACUCUGAACCAGAGAACAACAUGUUGCUCCAGCUAGUUGACUGGGUUGAGAAUGGAAUCGCCCCAGAUUAUGUCCGUGGCGCAGCAUCAACUGAUGGUACUGACGCGACUUUCUAUCGCAAGCACUGCAAAUACCCCUUGAGAAACCAGUACUUUGGCCCUGGCAACUACACUGAUGAAACCGCUUGGCAAUGUGUACAAUAA